UUUAGUAAUUUUAUGUAGGCUUGGAUGGUUUCUUGCACCAAUUGAGUUUUGAAAAAGUUAGAAUUCAUGGUAAUUGUUUCUAGAUAUUCUUUGUUUUAUACUCUGUCAUCAUUUAAUGCGAAUUGGUGGUUAAGCUAAAAUUCCAGUCCUGCAUUUUGAUGCUUUUGUUAUGGCUGAAAGUAGGGCCCACUGAACCAAAAAUUUGAUUGGCAAAACCUUUGAAGUGGUGUGAAAGAUUUUAUUUGUUUUGUAUCUUGGGCUUAUGAGAGAGCGUUCUUGAUGCUUGGGUUUUUCAUUCUAAGAGAUGAACAAGGGUAGCAGCAGACUUACCUAUCAUAGCUGUCUGUUUCUUUGCAAAAACAGUCAUACUUAGUAAUUCCCCAUAUUUUCUAGUUGAAUGUAGAAUGCCCAUUUUGUUUCAUAUCGGUGUUUGAAAUGAGGUUAGUAAUAUUACUAAUGAGUUGAUUUAUAACCACAAUUAAAGGUCUCCUGGUGAUGGUUGAGUUCUUAAUAUCACAUAUAGGUUUUGCAUACAAUUGAAAGUGUGCCUCAUUUAUGCUUUUGGGAGUUGAUAUGAUGAUCUUGUUACCCAUAUCUAGAGUAUGACAUUUUCUUUUAACGACUCUAGCUGUAUCAACUUCCAGCUAGGCUGGUGUAUGCUGCACUUUUUGGUGUGCCAAACAUAGAGUUAAAACCUUUUAAAAUAAGUUAUCAUGUUAUCCCUUGUCCAAACAACACGAAGUACCAUGUUAUAUUAUGGAACGAAGAAAAACAAAGCAUACUGCAUCUUGUAAUUUUUGUUGUCGUAGGACUUUGCUACCAUAUUUCAUCUGCUACUAUUAUCUUCCUUUAGGAAAUAGGUAAUAUCUUUCAUGCUUCUCCUAUCUUUUUAUGUGCACUUUCCUAACCACCAAAAUUAUCUGUUUAGUAUUUUUCCCCAACUCUUUUUUACGAACAGUGAAUACCUAUUUGUGUGCUAGUUCAUCAUCAUAUGUGCUUUCUUUAAUCAUUUAAUUAUCUCUUUAAAUUCUUUUAUUUUGGGCUUUGAAGUUAUACUUACUAUUUCUAUUUCAGCAAACCCAAGAUUCCUCGAGUGUUGUUGAAUUACCUGACAAAGGAACCAUAGGCCCUCUGUGUGAAUCACAUUUACAUAUGGUGAAUCCAUCAAAUCUAAAUCUGUUGAAGACUCCAAUUCCUAUCGAUACCGAAUCAAAUGGCAGAAAUCAUGCCAACUUGAAGAAUGAUAAUGUUGAUGCUUAUGACUCAUAUAGUUUGGCCAUAGAUAUUGAGAAAGAAAAAAUUGAGGCACCUAAAUCCACUGAGGAAAUGAGUGGGAAUGUUAAGAUGGAUGAUUGUAUAUCUAGGAUGUUUCAGAGAGAAAUUUCAUCACUGAUGGGAGGAAAGUUCAUGCAACUCCUGAUGAAUAACAAUUUCAAGUUGCCCAAAUUUGCUUGUAAAG